GCACGAGUAUAUUCCGCGCACAGGCAUCCGCCGCAACAGAACAAGCAACAAACGCCGCACAAACAAAUUUAUAUUUUUCUCUCCUAAAAAAAAACCUGACAGCCUAACAUUUAUAUUUUGUGUGCUGCACCAAAACAACGUUUGUCUAGCUUAGUCUACAGAUAUAUACAAAAAGAUACAUUCGCCCAAAGAUCGACGACGACGACUUGGAUAAAUAACAGAGAUCAGCGCCAGCAUCGUUCAAACACUUCGUCAUCGUCAGUGCGGUCUAGAGAUAGAUUAUUAACGCUAUAGAUCAAGCUCUUUGCUCUCGUAAUUUCAUAAGAUCCAACCAGUCUUUAGUUGGAAAUCGCCCUGAUCGGUCCACCGUUUAUAGUGAAUUCGCUUUGAAAAUUUUUAAUCAACAUCGCUCCAUUCACUCAGCAAACAAUUCACUCUUUUCAAACGGGAACAGAAAUGCACAUUCAUCCGAGUUCACCAAAUUCAUCGCCAAGUGAGGAAAACGCAGCCAUCAAGAUCCAAGCCGGUUUCAGGGGAUAUCGUGUGCGUAAGCAACUUCGCCGUCAAAGACCUUCGAACGGAUACUAUCGAGCCAUUCACAACAUGGCCGAUAAUAACGGUAAUGCCGCCCAUUUGCGUGAUGAACGUAGCAGCGGAAGUGAGGGUUCAUCGGUUGAGGACAAAUGUGCUACCAAGAUUCAAGCUAACGUUCGAGGUUUCUUGGUGCGAAAGAAGCAAAAAAUGGCAACUGAUGCUGCCACUAAGAUACAGGCCAGUUUCCGAGGAUUUAAGGCACGCAAGGAGGCUCAGAAAUUGCGACAGAAAUAGAAAAGACGACGGCUAUUACAAAGUUCUAAGUUAAGUAUGGCUUCUUUGUGGAAGUCGAUUGUUGAUGGUAUGGAAGUUUGUGCAGUGCGUGUGAAAAAAAAAAGAAAAUAACGGUAAA